UUGAGAUGCUGAAACGCUACCACACCAACGCUAACUCCUAUUUCACCACCAACUGGUUCCGCGCAAACGGCAUCCACGUCCUUCGGGCCAUCAUCCUACUUCAACGGUUCUUCAGAUGACCUAGUUCCAGACUCCUUUCAUAUCACUUCCCUUUUGAGAUGCCGGAAGUGUCACACAAACUAAUUCCAAUGCCAGCUACUCCGCCGCUCCCUGGUUCCGCGCCUAACCAUUAACCAACGGCCUCCAAGUCGUCCAUGCUUUCUCGCUAAGCGGACGGUUCUUCAGGUGACGUAUUUCCACAACUCUUCUACCUCGGUUUCCCCUCUUCUUGUCUUGGCCUUCCUAUCCUAUACGCAUUCAAAAGACAUCCCUAUCGAUUCAAACACUAAUCAUGAUUUACUGCGCGCUCGGAAGGUUUGGGGGAAAUCUAUUCGAACCAUGGUUGCUACGCGAACGUUGUCAUUGUCGAAUUUUUUCAGCUGAUAUCGUCUUAUCUUUCUGUCAAGGUCGUCUAACCGUCCGUCGCCUUCCUGUUUUGUGCACGUCCUGAAGCUUCGACGGAACCAUGCAGAAAUCUACUCCGCGACCCCUCACCCCGCAAGAGGCGAGUGCGGUGCCUCCUACCAUGAAUCCUUUAGAGCAUAUGUUAAGCCUAAAAACGAAGUGUGAGUCGUUUGCGUACGGUUCUCUCUGGCAAUCCUUGGGGAUCGGGCCUUUUCAAGAGCAAGAUGACGAUGACAAUGAUGAUCGCCGUCGCAGUAAAAAAACUUCCGAUAAGACAUCGCCUCACGAUGAGAGUCACGAACCACUGGAUGUGAACAACACUAGCAGCUGGCUUGUGGUGAGGGAUGAUGAAUUCCGGGUGCAGAAGCAACGUUUGCCAGAACGAGAGGAUCACCUGGGGGAUCACCCGUGGCACGAGGAGCGAGUGUAGCGGCGAGGGCGGGCCCGGGGUCGGACGAUGGCAAACACCGAUUGGGAGGACCCGGAGUCGGCCGACGGCGGACACUCAGCGGGACGAGCGGGCCCAGAUCUGCGAGGAGAUCCUCUGCGAUGGCAAGAGCCAGACCGAGCGCCGCGAGGAACGACUCGUCGCCCAGGAGCAUAACGUCGAGGCCCACGCCGGCACAGGAGAGCGGCACUGUGGGGUGACACGGAACAUCAACCAGCACACCCGGACGGAGACGCAAUGGUCGGGCGCGGCGGUGACGAAGAAGGACAUCGUCUGCGAGAAGAUCUUCUUCACGAGCGGGGCCGGCGGGAAGGCGUUCAAGGACCUCGGCGACAUCGACAGCGAGGCCACGGUGCAGACGACGUGGAGUCCGGAGGGGUUCCAGCUCACCCGGACCAUCAAGAAAGUGGAGAACUUCAAGACGAACUGUCGCGGGGACUGCUCGCCGACGCCGACCACCCAGAUCACCGCGCCGUCACCCAAGGGUCUUCAGUCACCCAAGGGUCUCCAGUCACCCGUCUGCGAGGCUGUCGAGAUCAAGCCGUUCAAGCCCCUCUGCCACCACUCCAGAGACCCAGAUCACGCAUGUUCUCUAGGCACCGCUUACCGGUGA